AUGGACGGAUCGAUCUUGUUCUGUUCAUAUCAAUCUUUCAUAAUUAAUAAUUUUUUCUCUUCUUUUUCUUUUUCAACACCUUUCUGUUUAAUUGCGCUUCUCUCUCCUUCCCCCUCUCCUUCCCUCUCUCCUUCUCUCUUUCUCUCUCUCUCUCUCUCUCCCUGUGUGUUUUCCUUCUCUCUAUGCUUGUUCGGAUUAGGUCUUUUCAUAUACAGUAUCUAUCUAUCUAUCUAUCUCACUAUCUCUCAGUCUGUUCAUAUCUAUCUAUUUAUCAUUCUCAGUUUGUUCAUAUCUAUCUAUCUAUCUAUCUAUCUAUCUAUCUAUGUUCAUAUCUAUCUAUCUAUCUAUCUAUCUAUCUAUCUAUCUAUCUAUCUAUCUAUGUUCAUAUCUAUCUAUCUAUCUAUCUAUCUAUCUAUCUAUCUAUCUAUCUAUCUAUCUAUCUCUUCAAACUAUAUUUCUUUCUUUCUUUCUUUCUUUCUUUCUUUCUUUCUUUCACAACCCGUUCAUAUUUAUCUAUCUACCUAUCUCAGUCUAUCGCUUACAAUCCAUUCAUAUCUAUUUAUCUAUCGAUCGAUCGAUCGAUCGAUCUCAGUAUGUCCAUUUCUUUCUUUAUUUUUUUCUUUCUUUCUCUCUCUCUUUCUUUCUUUCGCAACCCAUUCAUAUUUAUCUACCUAUCUCAUGUUAAAUACUUUUGCUACCUACUGUAUAUAUUCAUCUCGCUAUGUUCAUAUCCAUCUAUAUAUUACAAUCUGUUCAUCUCUCUUUCUCUAUCUAUCUAUCUAUCUAUCUAUCUAUCUAUCUAUCUAUCUAUCUAUCUAUCCCAUACAGCCUUUUUGUAUCUCUUGUUUUCCCGAUUCUUCUUCGUAUUUUUCUCUGGUGUGCUUUUCAUAUUUCUCUCUCACUGGCUGUUCGUAA